AUGUCAAACUUCAACUACAACAAUCAACUUGACGCCUUCUCCCUCUACCACAAAGUCCACGAACCCUCUUCUUCUCCGCUGGAUGGCCCAGCUCUUCCAGCCCUGGGCCAUGCCCUGGCUGGUUCAACCGGCACUGCGAUCUCCAAUCUCGCACUCUACCCUUUGGACCUCAUCAUAACUCGUCUACAGGUCCAGCGUUCUCUCCGGGAAUCUUCAACUAUUGCCCAUGAAGGAGAAUAUAAGGGAGUCUUCGACGCCUUUGAGCAGAUCUACAAUAAGGAGGGUGGCUUGACUGCAUUCUAUUCCGGGGUGCUGCAAGACACGGGGAAAUCAAUUGCCGAUUCAUUCCUCUUCUUCCUCUUCUACAACUAUCUCCGCACGAAUCGACUUCAAAGUACAGGACACCAUACCACCCUGCCAGCUCUCGAUGAGCUGGGAGUCGGCGUUCUUGCAGGUGCACUCUCUAAGCUCUUCACCGCCCCAAUGUCAAACAUAGUGACACGAAAGCAAACCGCUUCCAUGUUAGCAGCUCGGUCAUCCUCAACCAGCCCUGCACCUAGCGUUGCCGAAAUCGUCUCCAAAAUUCGCUCUGAGAAAGGACUGCAAGGCUUCUGGUCCGGCUACUCCGCCCAACUCGUUCUGACGCUCAACCCAAGUAUUACAUUCUUCCUCUACGAAACCUUCAAGCGCACUCUCCUCCCACGCUCCAAGCGCGAUGACCCCGGAACGACAAUUACCUUCCUCAUGGCAGCAUUUAGCAAAGCCAUUGCUUCAGGAAUAACCUACCCCUUCGCCCUCGCUAAAUCCCGCGCUCAAGCCUCCUCAAAACCACCUGUCGACAAGGAAAACGCCGAAAUUGUCAUGGAGGAAGUCAAGAAGUCGCGUAGCAGAACUGAUGCCGAAAAAGCUGGCAAGAACGCCAAGAACCUGGCUAAAAACAGCACGAUUUUCCACAUCGUGCUCAACAUCUACCGCAACGAAGGAGCGGCUGCUCUGUACGAAGGUGUAUGGGGCGAGAUCUUCAAGGGAUUCUUGAGCAACGGGAUUACGAUGACGAUCAAGGAAGCGAUUCACAAGCUAAUCAUCCAAACCUACUUCCUGAUUCUCAAGUCGCUGAAUAGAUUCCCAAGCCCUUCGAACUUGGUGCAUCAAGCCGGAGAUGCUGUCCAGGAUGCGGGAGAGAAGGCUGGUCAGUAUGCUACUGGUGUUCAGGAGAAGGGGAGUGCCAUGCUGAAGCAGGGGUACGAGAAUGUUUCUCAGACGGUAGGUUUCGCGAACGAGCGAGCUGCAGUUGCAGGGAAUAAUGCUACAGAGGCGGCGAAGACAGCGAAUGAUUUCAUGAGUAAAGAGGCUGGGAACCUACUGGGUAAUGCGCAGGAGAUGCUAGGUGGGAAGAUCGAAGAGGUAGGGCAUACCUUGAAGCCGGCGGAGGUGAAGAAGAUCAAGCAUGAGGAGUGA